CUUGUAGUUUGACAAUUAACAAAUUUUCCAAGCCGCAGGCUUUAUUUUUGGGCCAAAUACGGCGAAAAAGUUGAUAAAAAGUUGUGUAUUUUCGGGAGAGUUGCUGGAACGCGGCGAAGCUACUGGGACGCUGCCACUGAAGCCAGGCCAACUGACCAACAGUAUUCUAUCCAGUGGCCACAAUGCCGACUCCGACGGCAGCAACAUGGGUAAAGUUCUUUACCAACGCAGAUAUUCCGUCGCCGGCAGCCGCGACAUAUGCGCACGUGUUUGUGGAGAAUCGCAUCCAGAUGGACAUGCUGAUGGACCUGAACAAGGAGUACCUUCGCGAGAUGGGCAUCACUACGAUGGGCGACAUAAUAGCGAUCUUGCGCCACGCUAAGAAGGUCCACGAGCAGAGCGCCAGAGACAAGGUGCUGUCCGUGCCAGAGCCGGACGUUCCAGUCCCAGUUGCGACAGUUUCAGCUACUCCGAGUACUGCCUCGGUCAGCAAUGGCAGCAAAAGGACGGACAAGACUGGAUUCACGAGAACUGUAUCAACUACUGCCGUAUCGUCGAAGGUGGAAUCAAAAGCUCGACGCGUCUUGCCCGAACACGAGGGUAAAUAUAAAAUCACUCUCCCUUCCGGCAGUACCCCGCGAAGUAGAGAAAUCCUGGAAAAGGCACAGGACACCAAAUCCUCCCACAGCUCCGACGUUCUAUCCACGGUGUCAAAGGCGACGGGUACCAAGCGGGGUGGCAUCUUCGAUCGACUGAACAAAGAUAGCGAACCGCCGAGUAAAGUAAGCUCGAAAGCAGCCCCACCAGUACAGAUAACAACUUCCGCUUCGAGUUCCAUCUUUUCACGGCUAGGUGGCCGAACGGUGACCGACAACGGUAGCACAAUAUCAUCCAGCAUUUUAAAAACAACCAUCACCAAUGGUAAAUCUUCGACAACUCCGACGAUAAUCCGUCCCUCCCAGCAGAAGGUAAUUCUGGUGAAAAAGAUGCCCGCUAAGGCGGCCCUGCCUACAUCCUCGGAUGAGGACGAUCUGGAGGACUAUCCGAUGGUGGGCGGAGGAGGCACACUAAAGUCGGUUUCGUUUUCUGAAGAGGAUGAGGUGCUUGAAAUUGCCCCAAGAAAGCUGCAAAAGCCUCCAAAUCCCAAACCAGCACCAGUCAGUCGCAUGAGGUUCGACGAGAAGGAAGUCUCGGUCAAGCAACGUCUCGGGGGUGCGGCUAGAACGGGAACCAGCACUACUGUCUCGCUGAAACGAUUGCCCGGGUCCCUGCACGGUACAAAGAAGGUAGUGCACAUGAAACCACCACCCGUCACCAAGGUGUCCCCCGUGCGAAGUGGGCUGAAAGCGGACACGAUCGGUGGGGGAUCGCGACACAAGCAACCGAUCACAGCACGGCUCAGCUUAGGCUCGCAGACAUCCUCCAGCAGCGCGAAGGACAUCGUGCAGCGGGUGAAAAGAUUCAGCCUCGAUUCGAAAAUGACAAAAGUUGGACGCAGCGGUCCGGUCGCCAGCAGUGGCGGCGGCAGCGUGUUUGAACGACUAGGAUAUAGCCGUAAGUGAAUGUGAAUCUACACACUAACUAGCGUCAAGCAAUUGUUUACACUAAUAAACAAAUCGACAAUUUAUGCCAGACGAA